UCUGCAAUCUCUGACUAUCUCCUGUUGUCUGUCUGCAGUCUCUGACCAUCUCCUGCAGCAUGUCUGCAAUCUCUGACUAUCUCCUGUUGUCUGUCUGCAGUCUCUGACCUUCUCCUGUACUAUGUCUGCAGUUUCUGAUCAUCUCCUGCAGUAUAUCUGUCUGCAGUCUCUGACCAUCUCCUGUAGUAUGCAAUCUCUGACCAUCUCCUGUAGAAUGUCUGCUCCUCUCACAGUCUGCCCUGAAGACCAGUGUAGCAUGAAAAUCUGUCUCCUAUGAGGAUCUGU